CCACGUCAAGCAUGGUUUUGACUAUAACCAUGAGGGAGGCGCUGAAAGUUACUACUGCCGCCUUGAAAUUUGGGAGACGCCAUUUGAAGGAUGUUUCACCUCAGACAAGGAGUUACAGUUCAAACACGCUGGGAAUCAUGGAAUCAUCCCAUGCUCUGAGGGCUGCUUACAAAGCGCACUUCCUGGCACGGGCCUACGUUGAAGCUUAUGGUGUUAAAACCGGAGAAGUUUCUACUUUCCAAGUGGAAGAAGUUCACCGCAUUUUUCAAUCGGGUCUUGUUCAGGGUGGGACUCUGGUGGAAGUGGGCAGCGGUCCUUUGGUCUGGUGCUCGCUCUUGGCUUCCAGACGAUUCAGGCACAUCGUACUGAGCGACUUACUCGAAAACAACAGGCUUGAGAUCAACAAGUGGCUCAACAAGGAUGAAGAUGCCGUCGACUGGACCUUCCGUGCCGAGCAAGUUGCUGCAUUGGAGGGAUACAGGGACGUCAAGAGUGGGGCGUUAGAAAUACAAGAGCGUGCACGGUCCUCCAUCCGCAAGGUGGUUCCAUGCGACGUCCUUGAAUCCGGAGUCCUUCCGGAGGAACACAGAGAAGUCUUCGACGUCGUUUUUUCCGGCGGCUGCCUGGAAUCGGCCACAACAGACCACGAAUCAUUCCGAUACGCCGUUUGCAACGUGGGAACACUCGCCAAACCCGGCGGUCUGCUUGUUCUGGUGGGCGUGGGUGGUACAAAGAGCUAUCCGGUGGGAACCGCCGCCUUUGCUCAGGCAAACGUCACCGAAAACGUGAUCAAACAAUCCGUGAGAGAUGCCGGCUUCCAGAUGCAAAUAUACCGUACCAAGCAUCAUGAGGUUCUUUUAGGAUUACCUGGACUCUUCACAUUUGUCCUGGCGGCCCGAAAAUCCUGAGUCGGCUCCUGGCCGUCCGGCCUCCCCCUCCCCCUCCCCCCU